AUGGGGUGCGGGUGGGAGGAUGUCCAGUGGGCCAUGUCAGUGCUACACAGCCGCUGUUUUCUGGUGGGCUCGCCGCCUGUGCACACCAGUGUCCCCGGUGUUGACAUGGCCAACCACAGCUUCGAGCCCAGCGCAGCAGUCAGGCUGGUGCACAGCCCAGAGGCGGUCCAGGGGAGAGAUGCAGUGGAGGAGGUGUGCGUACCGCCGCCCCCAGAGCCCUCACGCUUUGAACUGUUUGCUGGGGAGGAUGGCAUCAGGGCAGGCGAUGAGGUCACAAUCAGCUACGGUCCGUGGCCGAACGAUGUCUUCUACCUGUUCUUUGGCUUUGUGCCCCGUGACAAUCCUUUUGAUGUGGCGGUCCUGUUUCAGGACUUGCAGCAAAUGAUUGUCUUCUACGACACACUGGAUCCUGACCUUAGUCCGUAUGGAUCAGUGGAAGAUCGUGCGGAGGCAAUAGCAGCUGCUCUGCGCACACAGCAUGGCAUCACAGAUUUCACCAGGUUGGGAAUUGCUCCUCAAGGGUACGAUGAGCGCUUGCUUCUCGCUGCCCAGAUCCUCCUGUCUACCCAGGAGAGUCUUAGCGCUGCGUCCUCGCAACCAGACACCUACAGUCGAUUUCUGGCGCGGCGGUGUCAGCAGCUCUUGGCGGCGUUUCCUACCAGCUUAGCAGAGGACGUAGACCUGAGGAAUAAUGGGACAAAUGGUUCUGACCUGCUCAUCUCCCUGCAGUACAGACUGAGGAAAAAGGCCACGCUCUUGGCGGCUAUAAAUGUUGACAAAAUAGCAGGCUGA